AUGGCCACAAAAGAGGACCUCGAGAAGCUUCUCAAGCGCAGCCCGGAACCCGAGGCAAACCCGGACCCCCAGCUCCUCACAAACCUCGUCGGCUCGCUCACAAACACCAUUAGCGGCCUCCUCGGAGCCGUCGCGCAGGGCACCCUCAACCCCAACGACAAGCGUCCGGAGCCGGGCUUCGAGUUCAAGGCCCCGGGCCCCGGCGACAGCAGAGGACCAUGCCCCGGCCUGAACCUGCUCGCGAACCACGGCUACCUCCCCCACGACGGCCACGUCAACCUGGGCCAGGUCAUCGAGGCCACCGCGCGCGGCUUCAACAUGGGUCCCGACAUCGCGACGAUCCUGGGCGUCUUCGCUGUGCUAGCUAACGGGGACAUCGCUACCGAGUCCUUCUACCUGGGGUCUGGCCCAGGAGGCGUCGGCGGUCUCAACAGACACUCUACGGUUGAGGCCGACAUCUCGCCCAACCGCGAGGACUUCUACAACGGAUGUGGCGACAACCAUCACCUCUCGUCCCGCCUGUUCAAGCAGAACGUCGACAUCGUCGCGAAGAGCGGCACCAAGCAGUUCGACCUGGCCAACAUGGGCACCCAGUACCAGCAGCUGUCCAUGUUCUCGCAGAAGAACAACCCCUACAUCUACUACUUCCCCUUCCCACUUAUCGUCUCGGUCGGCGCCUUCGCCUUCUACCCUCAGUUCUUCAGCAACGGCACGUACGGCCUCGGCGGCGUCGCCAACUACGAGUCCAUCUCCUCCAUCAUCGGGGCCAAGUACGACAGCAAGACGGGCGACUUCCAGUACGUCCCCGAGACGUGGCCCGCCAACUGGUACCGCCGCGCCACGCCGUACGGCGCGGUGCAGACGGUGCUGGAGGGCCUCGCGGCCAUCUACAUCCGCAACCCGGUCGUGCCCGGCGUGGCCCAGCUCGGCACGGGCAACCUCAACGCCACCACGCUGCUGUGCGACGUGUACCAGGGCAUCAACUCCAUCGUCCCGCUCUUCGUCGCCGGCACGACGGAGGAGGUGGCCGCGGCGGCGUCGUGGGCCAUCGCGAAGCUGGAGCCGCACUUCGGCGGCACGGCGCUCGGGUGCCCGAGCAGUGUCCUCUCGCCGAACGCGCCGAGUCUGCUGUUCCCCAACCCGAACGGCCUGGGCGGGCCGUUGAACACCCCUCCCAGCGUGGCCAGGAACGUCGGGGACAACGUCUACUACAAGACAUACUUUGCGAAGGCGCCUGUGACCCCGGCCUGCUAA